AUGCUAGGUCUGAAGGCUACUCUGUUCUUAACCCUGCAUCUCUUGCAGGGGGUGAGAAGCUCAAUGGUAAAUCUGAAUAACAAUGGAUAUGAGGGCAUGGUCAUUGCAAUUAACCCCAGUGUACCAGAAGACGAAAAGCUCAUCCAAAGCAUCAAGGAAAUAGUAACUGAAGCUUCUACUUACCUGUUUCAAGCCACCAAAGGAAGAUUUUAUUUCAGGAAUGUAAGCAUUUUAAUUCCAACCACCUGGACUUCAAAACCUGAGUACCUGAUGCCAAAACAAGAAACAUAUGACCAUGCAGAUGUCAUAGUUGCAGACCCUCAUCUGAAAUAUGGAGACGACCCCUACACACUCCAAUAUGGACAAUGUGGGGAUCAAGGACAAUACAUACACUUUACUCCAAACUUCCUAUUGACAGAUAAUCUGUCUAUAUAUGGACCCAGAGGCAGAGUUUUUGUCCACGAGUGGGCUCAUCUCCGGUGGGGAGUGUUCGAUGAGUACAAUGUGGACCGGCCCUUCUACAUGUCCACAAGGAACACUAUUGAAGCUACAAGAUGCUCCACUCAUAUUACUGGCAAAAACGCAGUCAGUGACUGCCAGGGAGGCAGCUGUAUAACAAGGCAAUGCCGUCGUAGUAACGUGACAGGGCUGUACGAACCAAAAUGUACAUUUAUCCCAGACAAAUCCCAGACUGCCAAGGAGUCCAUAAUGUUCAUGCAAAAUCUUGAUUCUGUGACUGAAUUUUGCACAGAAGAAACACACAAUACAGAAGCUCCAAACCUACAAAACAAAAUGUGCAAUCGCAGAAGCACAUGGGACGUAAUCAAGGAGUCUGCUGAUUUCCAGGAAGUCUCUCCCAUGACAGGAAUCGAAGAGCCACCUCAUCCUACAUUUUCAUUGCUCAAGUCCAAGCAGCGAGUAGUCGUCUUGGUACUUGAUAAAUCUGGAAGCAUGAACUCAAGAGGUGAAGAUGGUGUCACUCGUCUCACUCGAAUGAAUCAAGCAGCAGAACUGUACUUAAUUCAAAUCAUUGAAAUGGGAUCCUUAGUUGGCAUGGUCACAUUUGAUAGUAGUGCUAAGACUGAAAAUAAUCUAGUAAGAAUAAUUAAUGAUACUGCCUAUCUAGAGAUCACCACACAUCUGCCUCAACAAUCUUCUGGUGGAACUUCAAUCUGCAGAGGACUCAAGGAAGCAUUCCAGGCAAUUACUUCCAGUAAUCAGAGUACUUCUGGUUCUGAAAUCGUAUUACUAACAGAUGGGGAAGACAAUAGUAUAAGCUUAUGCUUUCAGGAGGUCAAACAAAGUGGUGCCAUCAUCCACACCAUCGCUCUGGGACCCUCUGCUGCCAAAGAACUGGAGACUCUGCAAACUAUGACAGGAGGACGUAAUUUUUCUCCCCAAAAAGAUGCAAGUGGCCUUAUUGAUGCUUUCAGUGGAAUCUCAUCUGGAAGUGGUGACAUCUCUCAGCAGGCCCUCCAGUUGGAGAGUAAAGCCUUGAAUGCUGCAGGGAAGGGAUGGCUAAACGGCACAGUGCCUGUGGACAGCACCAUUGGAAAUGACACCUUCUUUGUUGUCACCUGGGCAACACAAAAGCCAGAAAUUGUCCUUCAAGAUCCAAAAGGAAAACAAUAUACAGCCUCAGAUUUCAAAGAAGAUAAGUUAAAUAUUCAGUCUGCCCGUCUUCGAAUACCAGGCAUCGCAGAGGUAGGUCUGUUCUUUAUUUUCACCAUUAAUCAANNCGUCAAAUCUCAGGUGCUAACGGUGACAGUGACCACAAGAGCAAGAAGUCCUACCAGACUCCCAGUAACUGCAACUGCCCACAUGAGUCAAAACACAGCACGAUAUCCUAGCCCAGUGAUUGUUUAUGCCCGAGUCAGCCAAGGGUUUUUGCCUGUUCUUGGAGCCAAUGUAACAGCCAUCAUAGAAUCUGAAGAUGGACAUCAAAUAACACUGGAGCUCUGGGACAAUGGUGUAGGUAAAAUUACACUGAAUCCAGUGAGACCUGAAGUCCAAGAAGAAGAGGCAGAAGUUGAACUGGAAGACUUCAGCAGACUAACCUCUGGAGGGUCGUUUAUUGUAUCUGGAGCGCCCCCUAAUGGUAACCACACUCUUAUGCUCCCACCCAGUAAAAUUACAGACUUUGAGGCCAAGUUUAAUGGAGAGCAUAUUCAACUUACAUGGACUGCCCCUGGCAAUGUCCUCGAUAAAGGAAAAGUUGAUAGCUACAUUAUCAAAAUGAGUAUAUGUUUCUUGGAUCUCCAAAAUGAUUUUGACAAUGCUGAUUUAGUGAAUACUUCCGGUCUGAUACCCAAAGAGGCUGGCUCACAAGAAAUUUUUGAAUUCAAACCAGAAACAUUUAAAGUAGAAAAUGGCACCAGGUUCUACAUUGCAAUUCGAGCCAACAAUGAAGCCAAUCUUACUUCAGAAGUCUCUAACAUUGCACAGGCUAUCAAGUUUAUUCCUCCACAGGAGUCCAGCACCCCUGAUCUGGGUACCAAUAUUUCUGCACUCAGUAUGACAAUUUUUGGAUUUGUUGCAAUUUUAUUUAUAUUUUAA